AACCCUUUCACAUUCUUUCUCUUCUCUAAUAAAGCACACACAACCUUCACCGAAAGGGAAUCAAGAACUAUUUCGCUAGCUACCUGCAUAUCAAUCCAGAUUCAUAUUUUCAUCAAAAAACAAGUGUUUGAUAAAGAAAAGAUCUACAUAUCUUCAAGAAUGGCAUUCAAGAGAGAUGAUGAGCUCCAUCUUGAUGCUACUGAGCUCAGAUUAGGCUUGCCAGGCACCAGCGAUCAAGAUCAGUUAGACAAGCAAACCUUAAUUCCUACUAAUCCAAAAUGCAACAAAAGAUCCUUGCCAGACAUGAAUGACGAGAACUCAAGUUCAAGGGAUAUUAAUAACUCUAAUGUCUCAAAUCAGAAAAAAACUGACCAAGAAACUGCUCCUCCUGCCAAGGCACAAGUUGUAGGGUGGCCACCUAUCAGAUCUUACCGGAAAAACUGUUUCCAAGCAAAGAAAAUGGAGGCUGAGGGUUCUGGAAUUUACGUUAAAGUUAGCAUGGAUGGUGCUCCUUAUCUUAGAAAGAUUGAUUUGAAGCUCUACAAAGAUUACUCAGAGCUUCUUAAAGCUUUAGAAGACAUGUUCAAGUUCGAAGUUGGUGAGUAUUCUGAGAGGGAAGGCUACAAUGGGUCAGAAUAUGCACCUACUUAUGAAGACAAAGAUGGUGACUGGAUGUUAGUUGGAGAUGUUCCAUGGGAUAUGUUCAUCAAUUCCUGCAAGAGGCUGAGGAUAAUGAAAGGCUCAGAAGCUAGAGGCUUGAGUUGUGUUGUAUAAAAUUAAAUACAAUACAUAUAAAUAUUUCCAAGCAAUUAUUGAAGAAAUCUGGAUCUGUUUAUCCCUGAAUUAAAAAAAAAAAAAAAAAAACAGGAUCUAAUUGUUUUUUUUUCUUUAUUUUUUUUUCUCUGUACAUUGAGAUGCAAAGAGAAAAUUUAUAGGGUUUUUUUUUUCCAGAUCUCCAAUGUAUAGUUUGGUUAUAUUAAUUUGCUUUUGAAUUAAUGGAACUGUACAAAGGAAAUAUUGGUCAAUGAUAUGGUCACAAGUAAUUUUUGAUGCAUCAUAAUAUUUUUUUAUUGA